UUCCUGGUAUAAACAAGAUGGCUGCGCCCUUAAGAAUCGUCUUGAAAACGUCGCCCUAGCUGUGUAGAUUCAUUCUGUACGUUUGAAUCAUAUAGCUCGUCCUGUUUUUAGUUGCAAAUAUGUAUGAGGACGAGGACUCCGAUUUCCUUGAUUUCGGCGGCGAUAGCGAUGUUGAUAGAGCAGAAAGCUCUGAAGAUGAACUUGAUACUCUCCUCCUCGCAUCACCUGAGGAGAGGCAGCGUCUUCAGCGUUACCGUCAGAAACCACAGAAGGAACAAGAAGAUGACUUUGAGCGUGAAAUGAAUGAAGAAGUUCUGCAAACUGUUGCAGCAAUUGAAGCAGAAAGAAAACUUUUGAGUAGAGUUAAUGGAGUUUCACAAGAGGCUACACCCCAUUGUUCAACCACUGAAGUUGGAAGCGAGGGGCAGUCCGAGCCCACCAAGUUCUAUGACAACAUUUACUUUGACUCUGAUGAAGAAGACAAUGAAGGAGUCUCAGAUGCCAAGAAGAAGCACCCAAUCCCAACUGACGAUGACCUUCUGUAUGACCCCAACAUGGAUGAUGAGGAUGAGAGGUGGGUGGUGAAGCAGCGACAGAAGUAUCGUCCCAAGGGCCACGAGGAUCCGAGUCAGGGAAACAAGAAGAAAAACAUUUCUCGGAGUGAUGCAGUCUUGAACUGUCCAGCUUGCAUGACGACGCUGUGUCGGGAUUGUCAGAGACAUGACAUUUACGAUAACCAGUUCCGUGCCAUGUUUGUGACCAGCUGUGUAGUGGACUUUGAAGAACUGUUAAAAUUCCCAGAACAAAAGGGGCGGAGAAAGAGGAAGAAGAAACAAGACAAAUCCACACCUAGUGACAUGAACUCAGCCGAUGACAAGAAAUAUAACCCUGUGAAAUGUGAGGACUGUAACACUGUGGUGGCCAUGUAUGACCAGGAGGAGGUCUACCACUUCUUCAACGUGCUUGUCAGCUAUGCAUGAACAUGGAAGAUACGUGUAUUAUUUUGUAUAUAGUGAUUAAAUCCUAUUUGAUAAGUUUCCUGUUUGUUUCUGGAUGGGUCAGUUGUUGGUAAGUCAUGUAGAAGAUCUGGGUUCAAAUCUUUUCAUGGUAUUAGGAAAGAAAGUUUGUCUCACAGACAUUUGAAAGCAACAGACUUUGUUCUGAGCCAGUACAUUGAUUGGACGUAUAAAACACUACAUGUGUUUGCAAUCAGCUUAUAUGAACUGUGAUAGAGGAAGAGCAUGGAUGUGUUUGUGCAUGAUAAUGGCUGUUUUCCAUGGAUCAAUAAGAACCUCUCAGAGGAUGUACAGUCAAUAAAUCCAAAGUAACUA